UUUGCAUAGGGCAGCAUAUCAUUCUACUCUGGACCGUUCCGUGUACAACAUCAGCAGCCCAAAACCGAGAUCAUGUCAUCCGUCAUGCAUUACUAUCCAGUGCAUCAUCCAACAACAGCUCCGCCAGUGGUUAAAUACAGCGAUUUGCUCUAUGGACAUCAUCAUUCGGCGAAUCUGCAGCCUACCUCUCUGCAAAAUUACACGCAGCACAGUGUCAGCAGCAUACCAGAGCAUCCUUCGUUGCAGCAGCAUCACCAUCAGCAGCAGCAGCUCUCCUCCGAUGAGAAUCUGUCCUCGCAGCCCAACCAGGAUAUGCAGCGAGUGAAGCUGAAGCGUUCCAGGACUGCCUUUACCAGCGUCCAGCUGGUGGAACUGGAGAACGAAUUCAAGAGCAACAUGUAUCUCUACCGGACACGUCGCAUCGAGAUUGCCCAGCGACUGUCCCUCUGCGAGCGACAGGUGAAGAUCUGGUUCCAGAAUCGGCGCAUGAAGUUCAAGAAGGACAUCCAGGGACAUCGUGAGGCCAAGGCGAGUGCUAAGCUGGCUCAGCCCCAGGCGGAGCAGAGUGCCCAUCGUGGCAUAGUGCAGCGACUUAUGUCCUACUCGCAGGAUCCCAGGGAGGCGGCCGCUAGUGCAGCGGAGAAGCGUCCUGCUGUGGCCGCAGCCGUUCCUCCUGUGAUUGCUGCUCCACCUCCAGUAGUGGCUGCUUCCGCCGCCUCCUUCUACGGCCAAGCAAAGACCAAGCCACAAGCCAUCCCCAAUAUCUCAAACAACAACAACAGCAUGUGCUCCUCCGAUCUCAGCGAGAUCCUGGAACAUCUCGCACAGAGCACAGCGCUGCCAGCUGCUGCAACAGGAGCCCCCACUGCCCCUGGGGCAGCCAUUGGCAGCACUACUUCUGGAUCAUCUGAAGUGGCGGCCUCUGGCCACUAUUCCUACAAUGUGGACCUCGUCUUGCAGAGCAUCAAACAGGAUCUGGAGGCAGCUGCCCAGGCCUGGUCCAAGUCCAAGGCGGGGCCUAUCCUAGCCAAUGCCCAAGCCUGGCAUCCCAGUGGCGGCGGCUCCUCCAGUACUGUACCGGUGGUGCAUGCGGCACCCUCGAUGAAUCUGGCGUGGGGCGAGCCAGCGGCCAAGUCCCGAAAGCUGUCGAUCUCCCACAUCAAUCCCUGUGUGGCCGGCGCCGGCUACAACUAUCAGAACUAGGAACUCAGAACUGUAGCUACAAGUGUGUAUCUGUGUCUGGUGUGUGUAUCUUUAUACUCUUAAGUAUCUUUAGGAUAUCUCUAAGCUCUAAACGUCUCUGGCACUUGGACGCAAAAUUCAUUUGUCGCCCCCAAAACUCAGUGACAAGCACAACUUUUGAUUAUUUCGAUAUUAUUAUUAUUAUUAGGUAUUUUAUUGGAAUUUAAGAAUAUCUUUUUAUUAAAAACUAUGAAUAAUACUAUAAAUAAAAUAAAAUAGAAUAUAUGUAGGUUGCCUAUAAAAAACACAACUGUUUCAUGGUUUUA